GCCACAUCCCGUACUUGAGGGACUGGGGCUCCGGGGAGGCUCGGGGGCGGCAGCAGCAGCGCUGGGAGGAGGAUCAGCGGGAACAUGGCGCUCGUAGGCAACGGAGCGGAGCACGAAGCGGACGAGGAAACCUUCGAAGAUGCCUUUGAAAACCUUCCAUUGGCAAAUAAGAUGGAUCUUCAGUGUUCGCUAGAAGAGUGUACAAUGGCAUUAAACUUAUUUCUAAAUAAUCGAUUCUCAGAAGCCUUGGAAUUACUUCGUCCAUGGUCGAAAGAGAGUAUGUAUCAUGCUCUGGGCUAUAGCACUAUUUUAGUAAUGCAGGCAGCAAUGACCUUUGAACACCAGGACAUCCAAAAUGGCAUUUCCACAAUGAAGGAAGCUUUACAAACCUGUCAAAAAUUCAGAAAAAGAAACACAAUGGUAGAAUCUCUGUCAAAUCUUGUUUCCAAAUCAUCAGUGGAUCAGCUGAGUGAAGAGGAAAUGCACGCAGAAAUCUGUUAUGCGGAAUGUCUACUACAGAAAGCAGCACUGACAUUUUUACAGGAUGAAAACAUGAUCAACUUCAUCAAAGGUGGACUCAAAAUUAGAACAAGUUACCAAAUAUAUAAGGAAUGUUAUUCUGUUCUACAAAUGACUCAGGGCAACAAAAAACAGAAGGAAACCUAUUAUCAAUUUGAAGGAGGAGUGAAGCUUGGAAUAGGAGCAUUUAACUUGAUGUUAUCUCUUUUACCAGCAAGAGUUCUCCGACUACUAGAAUUUAUUGGGUUUUCUGGCAACAGGGAACUAGGCCUCAUACAGUUGCGAGAAGGUGCCUCUGGAUCCAGUUUGCGGUCUACACUGUGCAGUUUGAUUUUACUCUUAUUUCAUACUUAUGUCUCACUAGUCCUUGGCACAGGAGAAGCCAAUAUCGAGGAAGCUGAGACUCUCCUUGAACCCUAUCUCGAGAAGUUUCCAAAUGGCUCUCUAAUUUUGUUUUAUUCUGCAAGAAUAGAACUACUCAAAGGGAAUUUUGAAAAGGCACAGGUGAUAUUCCAAAACUGUAUUAAAUCUCAGGAAGAAUGGAAACAGAUUCAUCACCUCUGUUACUGGGAGCUGAUGUGGUGUUAUACAUUCCAGCAAGAAUGGCUUAAGGCAUAUCAUUAUGCAGAUCUGCUUUGCAAAGAAAGUAGAUGGUCCAAGGCAAUAUAUGUGUUUCAGAAAGCUGCAAUUUUGAGUAUGCUCCCAGAUGAAGAGGUGAAGCCCACUGGAGAGAAUAUUGUGUCUCUGUUUAGGCAAGUGGAAGGCUUGAAGCAGAGAAUUGCUGGGAAAUCUAUCCCAAUGGAGAAAUUUGCAGUGAGGAAGUCCCGGCGUUAUUCUAGUACGGCCUUUCCUGUAAAGCUGAUCUUACCUGCUCUGGAAAUGAUGUACAUCUGGAACGGUUUUACAGUAGUGGGCAAAAGACCUGACCUCACAGAAAAUCUCUUGAUCACCAUCGAAAAAGCAGAAACAACUUUACAAAAUGAAACAAAGUGCAGUGAUUACUUCACGGAUGACCAGUGUUUGGUGCAGUUACUGAAAGGUCUCUGUCUGAAGCACUUAGGACGACUCUUACAAGCUGAACUGUGUUUCAAUCAGGUUAUUCAAAGUGAGAAACAACUAAAAUUUGACCACUACCUUGUACCAUUUACUCUGUAUGAACUGGGACUUUUGUACCAACUGCAAGGAGACACAGAGAAGGCCUUACGGAUAAUAGAAACUGCAAAAACCAACUACAAAGAUUACUCCAUGGAGUCCAGACUGCACUUUAGGAUCCAUGCAGUGCUCAGCAGUUUGAAAGGCUUUCCUGCUUCUACUCCCUGAUGGAAGCCACAUGGGUGGAAGAGUUUUCUAAACUGGCUGGAGCUCCUACUCUAGAGAAGUCCUUGUAUUAAAGUAGAGAAGUGAUCAUGUACAUGAGAGAGGGAAAAAGCAAAUUGAUUUUAUUAUCAAUGUUUUUUUUCAUCUGUCUCUGUUUUGAUGUUGUCCUCUUGUUUCCAUGUUUUCCUAUGGAAUUUUACCAUAGCUUUGUUCAGAAAGUCUUUAUUUUGUCUCAUAAGAAGCAGCUUACUGUUAGACUUGAAUGGAGGUGUGAGGGUUUUAUUUUAAGACUUGCGGGUGCAAUAGAGCCUACUUCAGAUGAUUUUUUUUCUAUGUGCAGAUUGAUGUUGUUGAGGUAGCAGGAUGAAAUCUUACGAUCCUGGAUCACAGCUAGGGGAUUCAGGGGAGAUGAUAUUUCUGUACUGUGCUAUUUUACACCCUUUGAGCUCCAGAGCUGAGCCUCCUAUCAGCCAGUUAGUCUCCAUGAGCAUUUCAUAAUCUGAUAUUUUACUUUAAUACAAAAAUAAAAAUCACUGUCAUCCAGAAAUAUGAAAUUGCUUAUAGAUAUACCCUUCUGAAGAUUACGGUACAAAACUAGCAAAGGACAGGAACGGGUGUUGCAAUGAUUUUAUAGGCUUAAAGGCAUUUCCUCACUUGAACUGAAACCAAAGUGUUGCCUUUUCCUUCCAUCUGAUAAGAGGAAGCGACCUUUUUUUUUUUUUUUUUGAAAGAGAGAUGUUGGCCUCUCCACAAAUGUACUGAAAUCGUUUGUCUUUCCCAGAACUUGUGGGUCUCUCUAGUGAGAAAAGGAAGACCAUGGAGUUCCUGGGCAUUCAGUAGUGGGAAAGGAAGGCCUGAAAGUAUAAGUCUGAUUGUUUUUUUUUCCUCCUCAGGAAGCAAAGCACAAUUAAUGUUGCUUGUAUAGUAUAGUAUAGUACUAUCCUUAAAAGUUCAUUAUGUUUUGAUGAUCAAUGUCUGAUUUUAUGAUCUCUCAUUGCUCUUAAUUUUUUUUAAAGUUCUGUUUGUACACAUUAGUAAUAUGUUCAGUUCGUUAUUUGAAAAUUACAGUCUUGGUGUGCUUAAAUUAACAUUCAUUUUUCAAAAAUAGCUGAUGUCAAAAUACAUAAGACAUGAAAUUUCAAAUAUUUGAAAAUCACUUCUUUAAAGCACAUUAUAUCUCACAAUUGCCACUUUUUUUUUUUUUUUGAGGGGAGGGAUAUUUCUGGCUUAGGACCAAAUACCAGCUGCUAAUGGCUACAGCAGGGAAGUUCAGGUAGUUCAUGUAUGUAGCAGGGUUCUUUUAUUUAUAUUGUGAAGUAUUAUUUGUUAUUUUAAUUAAAAGACUAUGCCCUUUUUGGGGAUGGUAUUGGCAUGUGAUUAUUGGCUGGUCCAAGUGGUCCUUUUGUGAAUUGCAAGAUGUGAAAAUCUAAACAUAUAUUGACUCAUGGAACUAAUCAAUUUAAAAAAAUAUAUUGUGCUUUGUACACAGUUAAGUGCUUGAUAUUUGCUUUUUUGUUCAUUCAAAAAAUAUCUCCUUAGCAUCUCCAAUAGACAAUAAUACUUGUAGGGAACAGAAAUUAAUUCUCCUGUUCCUAGUUCCUGAACUCAUGUUCAGCAGGUAUGUGAUAUUAAAUGGCAACACUUAAAAGCACUAUGAUGAUAAAUUUUCAUUAGUCUACUAAAAUGAUGAGUAUAUUUGCUAUCCCUAAUUAUAGAAGAAAGGAAUUCAGAAAAAGGAUUUUUAAAAUUCAGCUGUUGCAAUUAGCUUGGAAAAAUUUGGUAAAUCCAAAAUUUUACAUGUUUGUACUACUUUUCCUGGAUGGUAUCAUUUAAAACAAAACUUUUUUAUGGCCUUACUUGGAAUUGUUUUGGUUGUAUCAUUUUUAACUGAGCACCCCUGUUCAUUAUUUACAGGCAGUAUUCAGAACUCCGUAGUCAAUAAAAAUUCUCUCUUAAAAAAGGCGAACAGCCUUUUAAAAGCCAAUGGUAGAUUCUCUGCUGUUGUUUUUAGAAACUAUUUUAUUUCUAAAUUGCCAACUACAUUUUAAAAAACUCUGAUAACUCCAAAUAAUUGAUAUUCAUAUUUACCUUCAACUUUUAAUUUAUGUCCUAAAAUGCUAAGCAAUAUGGAUAAAUUUGCCAGAACUAAUUUUAUAAGCCUUAAUAUGAUUUAUUCAUUCAGUCUUCAAAUAAUAGUUAAGCACCAACUUUUUAUGAGGCACCCUUUUAGACACCAGUUUCUUCUGAGUGUAGCAGUCUAUACUGGUUGCUUCUCCUUGCUCACACAACCACUUAUUCCCCAAAUCUAGCAGUCCAGCUUCCACUUCUGUUACUUGACUGAAACUAUUAUCUUAGUGGUCAACAAUGAAUUUCAUGACUAUCAAAUUCAAUGGCCUUUUCUCCAUCUUCAUUUCCCUUGACUACCUCUCUUUAAAACUUUUUCCUUUCUCCUCUUCCAUGACAUAGUACUCUUGUAGUUCUCUUCUUACCUCUCUGACCAUUCUUUCUCUUUCACAGACUCUUCCUUUUCAUACUUCCUAGAUAGAGGAAUUCCCUAGGCCUACCCUUGGUCCUUUUUUCUCUCUGUAGAUUCUCUCCUUUGGGGUCUUCUUUCACUUCUGUCACUAGCUAUCACCAUAAUCACAAUUGUAUGCAUGACUUUCAAUUUUAUACAUUCAGACUUGAUCUGUAACUAUCUCUGCCAUACCCCGCCGGUAGCACCUCAAAUUUAUGUCCCAGACUUACUUUUCCAUCUUGCUUAAAUCUGUACUUCCCAAUGUCUCCAUAUCUGUUCAUUGUACCACCAUCCCCCCGUAACUGAAACUUAAAAUUUAGGUAUUACUUUGACCCUUCCCUCUUCCAAGCACCUGUCCCCCAUAUUGAAUCAUUUCUCAAAUCCUCUUGGCUGGUGAAAUAAUUCACAUCUGUCCCUUACCCUUCGUUCCCUUCGACUUCACCCUAGUACAGCCUGUCAUCUGUAUCUUGCCUAGAUCGUUGCUAUGAUAUUCUUAUUCAUCUCCUUGUCUCCAGUUUCUCUUCAGUCCAAUCAAUCCUACACACCAGUCCCAGAGUAGUCUUUCUAAUGUACAGUGCUGAUCAUGUUGUCACUCUCCUACUCAGAAGCCAUCAUUGGGUUCUUGCUGUCUCUUGAAUAAAGUUCAGACUCCUUAUCCUGAUAUUCAAGAACCUCCUCAAGUCUGCAACCUACCUUUUCAGCCUUAUCUCAUAAACAAUGUUUUUCAUUGUUGCCCAGACUCAUCCUAGUCUUUGCCUUUGACUCCCUCCCAGGGAUGUUAGGAGGAAAGCAUUUUGUAUACACCUUAAAGUACCAUGUGAAUGUAAGUGUGUGUGUGUUUUUACCAUCUGCUAUGCCUUUCCCUUCCCCCAAAUCCCUGUUCUCUGCCUGUUGAAAGUCUACGCAUCCUUAAAACCCAGAUCAAAUUCCACUUCACAGAAAGAAGUGGAGGUUCCACUUAUCCUCCUUCAUAUCUUUCAUUGCCCUUUGUUGGUAUUUCAUCACUUGUAGUUUAUUCGUUUGUGUGUAAGCCUUAUCUUCCUGAUUAAACUGUGAGCUCCUUGAGGGCAGGGACUCAUGCUUUAACCGAUCUUUGUAUCGGUGGUUUGAACGUAGUAGGAGCAUAAUAAGUGAAUUGAAUUGAAUAUCAACCCCCUCUUUUAUUUACAGGGUAGCUUGCUAAAUCAUCUAUAAAUCAUACUGUGUUGGAAAUGAAAGCCAUGUUGGUCAAGAUUUGCAAUUAUACAGUAUGUUUUAUCAGUAUGUUUAAGAGCUUGUAGGGUUCCUAAUAUACAUUCCUUUUUUGAUGGCGAGUGAUAACAGUCACUAAAUAUAGAUACCAAGAAGUUGUGUUCUUUUAAAUCUUUUGACAAGGAAACUGUCCAUUAAUACUUGACAAGUAAUGAAAAAAUAUCUGUAUCAACUCUCACAUUCCUAAUCUUGUAUGUUUUUUAAUGGGUUUAACAAUCUCUAGUUGGUUGUGAUGAUGGGAACUAUGGUUUCAGGGGGGAACGUAUUCCAUGGAAAUUAUCUUCUGACAGUUGUGUUACGGCUCAUACAGAUAGUCACAAUUGUUCAUUUUUGAAGUACUGUGUACUUAUUCCUUUUCUAGUUAAUUUUUUGAUGUCUGUAUUAUAUGUAUAAGAGUUAAUGAUUUUAUUCAUUGAUAUAAAAAGUUUCUUCCUGACAAAAUUCAA